AUGUCGGAUUUCUUGCCUACCCAACCGCCUGGGCCAGGACCGACAGAUGCACCAUUACCAACUUAUCAAUCCUAUUCAGCCUAUGUUACAUCGACGUACGAUUAUGCUACAACGAUCACACGAGUAGCAUACGAUCCACAAGGAACACUCGCACCAUCAUUGAACAUUGAAACACAAAAUGGCAAAACGACAAGUAUUGGUUAUAGUGUGGUGAAUAUUCCUCUACUUUAUGAUGGUCCACUUCCGCCUCCCCCACUUGGAACACUUUAUACGACGGCUAAUCAACGUAUUGCACCUGCUCCUACCAAUCAGCCCAGUAAUGGAAAUGGAAGCGGAAAUGGAUCUUCUGGAGGCAGUUCUGGUACAGGAAGUCAAGGAUCCGGGCAAGGAUCUAAUAAUGGAGGGGCGGGAAAUGGAUCCAAUAAUGGUGGCCAGAAUGGUUCAGGCGGUAGUAACUCGAACGGUUCAAAUAACGGACAAGGGAAUGGAUCAAAUAAUGGAGGGACUAGUGGUUCAAAUAACGGACAGGGAAGCGGAACAAAUAAUGGAGGAACAAAUGGUGCCGGAUCCAACAGUGGUGGCACAAACAAUGGAGGAACAAAUGGUUCAGGUUCCAACAGUGGCACAAAUAAUGGACAGGGCAGUAAUGGUGCUGGAACAGGAUCAGGAGGCGGAAAUAGCAAUGGACAAAAUGGAGGGACAAAUAAUGGCAGCAACCAAGCAGGUGGACAAGGUGCUAAUAACGGCUCAGGGUCUGCUGGAAAUGGUUCUGGAUCAAAUGAUGGAGGGUCAGGUAAUGGCUCAGGCUCGAAUGGUAAUGGAGGAGGAGCAGAUAACGGAAACGGUGGAAAUACAGGUGCAGGAGGCUCAGGUGGGAGUUCGACCGGUACAGGAAGUUCUCCUACCGUGACAAACGCUCCACCCAAUGCAACAAACGAUCCUGCCGCCUUAUCGAGUAGUGCAAGUGCUGCCAGUGUUGCUGCAAGUAAUGCUGCUUCAAGCGCCAGUGCUGCCAGUGUGGCGGCCAGUAAUGCUGCUGAAUCCAGUUCUGCUUCUUUGGCUUCUGUUUCAGCUGCAAGUCAAGCAUCUUCUGCUUCUGUCGAAAGUGUGAGCGCAAACAGUUUAAGUGCUACACCAUCCGGUACAUCAUCCACCAGCCAACCGACCGAUUCGAAUACAUCCAAUGGAGGUUUCCCAACCGCAAAUACGCCAAAUUCAAAUUUUGCCAAAAACGGUUUGAGUGGCGGUCAAAUUGCCGGUAUUGUGAUUGGUGUUUUGGCAGCUGUUCUUUUGGCAUUGCUGUUAUGUCUCUGUUGCGCAAGAAGAAGGAGAAGGAAACAAAAUGAAGAAGCUGCUGCUCUCACGGGCGGUGCAAUGCCAUUCGGACGUAGAAUGAAAAGAAGAGUUUCAGAUCGAUGGGCCAACGGAUGGUCAAGAGGCGGCGCAGGAUCACAAGGUGGACCAGGCACAUAUAGUGCACUCGGAGCAGGAGCAGGCGCAGCAGCACUUGGAGCAGGCGGAGCUGCAGCUGGCGGUCGAGGAAGCUUACGAAGUGAUGAAUGGGAAGAAGAUCACUUGGACGGAGGAGAUGGAAGUGGUUUCUUCGUCGUUGGAGGUAAUCGUACAGGAUCGCAAAAUCCUUUCAGUCAUGAAGAUGAUGAUGAGAUGCACCAAUACGGUAACGCUGCACCAAGUUCGAAUAACAAGAGCGGUCUAGGAAAAGCAGCAGGCUUAGCAGGAUUGGGAGCAGGUAUAGCAGCUGCAUUCGGCGCAGGAAAAAGAAGAAGAUCGAGCGGAAAAGGAAAAGAAGCUGAUCAUGCACCUUUACCGACCAGUCAAGAUGAAGCAGAUUUAGCCGAACACAAUACAAAUCAACAAGACAACGACGCUGAAAGACAUGGACUAAUGCAAAAUGUCGAUGCAGAUAUGACGGCAGAUAUGACUGGAGAUGCAAGUGAAAUGCAACAAGCUGGUCCGUCAGGUUGGACCCGCACUUCUAUACCAUCCCAAUCUAAUCCUGCCUCUCCAUCCUCGUACAGUAAAGCUGGUUUAGGCACCGCGGCUGCACUCGGAGCAGGAGCAGCGGGUGCAUACUAUGCUGGAAAGCACAGAGGUGGAAAAGAUGAUCAAUCAGGCGAUGAGAUGUCUUCUGUUGCAGGUGCGGCACCAGUCAGCACAGCAUCGAAUGCCCAAAGAAGUAGUGUUACAGGACUCACUGAAUCAGGCGUAGCAAGCGCUUAUGGCUCAGGUUCAGGAAGUGGCACGAAUCCAAGUAGUAAUUCGACCGGACAAAGGACGAGCAAUUCCACCUUUACAGGAUACAGUCACGGUUCACCAGCUCUACAUCCACCUCCUUCUGCUCCUCGUGGUGAGAGACAGAUGUAUACAUUCGGAAACGUGCCGCCAAGACAUAGCGGAGCUGAUCAACAAGGCAGACCUGAUCGGAUUCCAUCCUUUACCGGCGGCUUUGGAGAUGGUGAUAUGGGCAUGUUUGGACAUCGCAGUGCAGCAGAUAGCUAUCAAGGUAUGGAUGACAAUGAACGCAAUUUGGCGUACGCUGCAGCCGCGGCAGCAGCAGCUGCUGGAGGAGGUGCAGGUCUUUCUGCUUUAGCAUCACAUCAUCGCGAUAGCAACCAAGGCACUCCUUAUCUAGGCGCAAACGGUCAAGAAGGCGGUAAUGAUGAACGUUAUUCUCGUUUCAUCAGUCGUGAUACGCCUUUGCUAGGACCAGGUGCAACGCAUGCAGAUGUAACACAAAAGACUGACGGAGAUGUUUCCGGAGGCGAUCCUUCAACUCUCGGAAGAUCUGAUUCUCUUGGCCGUCACGGCAGAUUACCAACAAUUCAAAGUGUUGGAGAAUUUGGAGAAAGAAGUAACGAUGCACCAGCUUCUACCAUGAAUCAGUCGAGUCAUUCUGGAACAAAUACUACUCGAUCCGGAUAUGGAAGCGGUGGAAAAGGUCAAGGAAGUACAUUCUAUUCUCCUGCUUUACCACAAACAUCUCAAUCGAUGAACAGUCUAGGAGCUGUAACAGCCGAUGAAGGCUUUGAUGAAAGUCAAGAUCCAUUCUCCAAUGAUGCAGCCGUGGGUCAAAGAGCAGAUCAUAAUGAUGAAGAGACAGCUGCCGGCGCAUUAGCAGGUGCUGGUCUUUUGGGCUCUUUAGCAUCAGGAUGGCGCAAAUUGACAGGCAAUACACCAAGUCAACCUUCAUCUUCAGGAGGCAGAGGCGCAGAAGGAAGCGGGGGUGAUACAACAACAGAGAACGCUGAAACCUCUGGUAAUGCAAGUAUGCAAAGAGGUAUUAGCCGUGAUUCCAAUGCCGAUGUUUAUCACCGUGAACCACAAGCACAAAGAGUGAUAGGUGAUCCUGAUAUGGCUGCAGAAGUUCAAAGUCAAAGAGCAAGCGUUCAACAAGCGAAUGGAAGUAAUCUAGGUCAUGGAAAUGGUUUAGCAAGCCCUGUCAUACGUUCAGGUGAAGGUAGAAGUCCAAGCAGUAGCGCAAAGAGCGGGAAUGGAAGUGGUGGCAGCGGUGGAGAGACGAGACCACAUACCCUUGCUGAAGAACCUGAAGAGGAUGCGGAAGGUGAAACAGCUUCUCCCUAUGUUGAUGAUGGCAAUGAUGCUGAUGAUGAGGAUGCCGUUGGAGAUCGUUCUAAGGCACCACUCAUUGCUGGCGCAGGUGCUUUGGCAGCAGGUGCAGUUGCAAAAGGUAAACAAUCAUCACAAGCAAAGAGUUCGUCAGAUGACCCAUACGAUCAUGCAUCCAAUACGAAUGAAUCAAGCAUGCUUGCCGUACGUAAUCCAACCGAAGAACCAGACAGUAGACCUUCGAUGGAUACGGGAUUGAGUAGAGCUGCAACUACUGGAACAUAUUCAUCAAGUAUGCAAACUCAUAGCCAAAGUCAACCAAGUGAAGAAAGUAGUUCUAGAAGAACACAACAGAGCUCUUCAGGCGCAAGUACAGGUGCAGCAAGCUACAGUCCAAGUUACCUAGCCCGCCAUCCUUCUGGAAGUACAAGAGGGGGUGGAGCAGGUAGCAGUAGUAUGAGUAGCAGAGGCACUCGUGGCGGUGGAGCUUCAAGCAGACGUCAAGGUACUAAUGAUGAAAGUGAAUAUACCAGUAGUAGCGGACAACAAAGACGCGAGACCAGUACGCUCGAUAGCGGUGACGGAAGAAGCAGCAUGGCCACAGCAGGAGAAGUGGCAGAUGAAGGUUAUCGAUCCAAUAGAGAGCGUGGUCCGCUUGCACGUGUACAAGAAGAUGAAGAUGCUAGUGGAUACGAUCUUGGAGAAGGAAAUGAAGGCGUACUUCCUACUACUUCAUACUAUCCAAGUGAAAGCUUAGGAGCAGCUGUUCGUAGAAGGGCAGAACAAGAAGCACGUCAAGAAGCACAACAACAUGGAUCUGGUGAAAGUGAUCAAACAGGAACAAGUCCACAACAGCAGCUGUCCUCUAUUUCAACUACACCACGAGCAAUUCCACUAAGCUUGCGACCUGGCGGCAAUCCAGCAGAAUCCAGUCAAUGGCGUCAAUCGCCACGGGUUGAUGCAGUCUCACAACGUGCUGCUAGAAAUGCAGCCAGUCUUGAAAGACAACAUCAACGUUCUCAAAGUGGAAGUGGAUCAACAGCGGCUGCCACAAGUCCACGUCAAGAGGCAGGAGAUGGCCAAAGAGCACAACAAGAAGGUGAAGUAGGAGAAGACGAGACCGAUGAAGGUAAUAGUCGAACUACUUGGCCGAAAUUUUUACGAUUUUAA